AUGCCAGAUAAGAGCUAUGUGGUGGGACCAACUUAUCAAGCAGAGAGCUAUGUGGUGGGACCAACUUAUCAAGCAGAGAGCUAUGUGGUGGGACCAACUUAUCAGGCAGAGAGCUAUGUGGUGGGACCAACUUAUCAGGCAGAGAGCUAUGUGGUGGGACCAACUUAUCAGGCAGAGAGCUAUGUGGUGGGACCAACUUAUCAAGCAGAGAGCUAUGUGGUGGGACCAACUUAUCAAGCAGAGAGCUAUGUGGUGGGACCAACUUAUCAGGCAGAGAGCUAUGUGGUGGGACCAACUUAUCAAGCAGAGAGCUAUGUGGUGGGACCAACUUAUCAAGCAGAGAGCUAUGUGGUGGGACCAACUUAUCAAGCAGAGAGCUAUGUGGUGGGACCAACUUAUCAAGCAGAGAGCUAUGUGGUGGGACCAACUUAUCAAGUAGAGAGCUAA